AUCAGCUGUUGGCAACAAUAACAAGGUGGCAGGGCUAUUUAGCACAGUCAGCUGCUAUCUGCAAGAUCCGGCAACGCCGUUUACAGCACAAUAUUUGUAUACAGCGUAAAUAGGCCGGUGGUGCAUUUCUUAUAAAUUGAAGCUGAUUAACGCAUUGCAAAAUGCGGUUACUGGCCAGUGCACUUUAUUUGAUUAGCUGCUUGCACUUUGGUCAAGCCAAUAUAACAGACGGCAACAACAACGACAACGACAAUGGCAAUAUUUUGCCCGUGGUACUGUGGCAUGGCAUGGGCGACACUUGUUGUUUUCCCUUCAGCCUGGGCUCCAUUAAGAAGCUGAUCGAGGAGCAUACGAACGGCACCUACGUGCGUUCCUUGGAGAUAGGCGCCAAUAUCGUUUUGGAUUAUGAGAGCGGCUUCUUUAUACAUCCGAACAAGCAGGUCGACUACGUCUGUCAGCAGCUGGCACGCGACGAAAAGCUGGCCAAUGGAUACAAUGCCAUUGGCUUCUCGCAGGGCGGUCAAUUUUUGCGAGCGCUGGCACAGCGUUGUCCCACGCCGCCAAUGCGAGUGCUCAUCAGCUUGGGCGGCCAGCAUCAGGGCGUCUAUGGAGUUCCCAAAUGUCCCACGCUAAGCGUCAGCAGCUGCGAGUACAUUACCAGGCUUCUGAACUAUGCCGCCUACGAUGAGCGGGUCCAAAAUGGUCUGGUGCAGGCUACCUAUUGGCACGAUCCGCUGCAUGAGAAUAGCUAUCGGCUGAAGAGCAGCUUUCUGGCCGACAUCAACAACGAGCUGUACAUUAAUGAACGCUAUGCAGAGAAUCUUAACAAGCUUAAAAGAUUUGUCAUGGUUAAAUUCCUCAACGACACCAUUGUGCAGCCUAAGGAGUCGCAGUGGUUUGAAUUCUAUGCACCUGGUCAGGACAAACACAUACUGCCGCUCAACGAAAGCAAAGUUUUCAAGAAUAUUGGGCUGGAGGAAAUGAAACAACGUGGAAAACUGCAGUUUCUCAGCGUCGAAGGCGAUCAUCUGGCCAUAUCAAAGGAAUGGUUUAUCAAGGAACUGGUGCCCCUUCUUCUGGAACUAGAAUAAAGAUUACGCCAAGCAUGACGACUUUGAUGGCUCAUGCGGGCAAACAAAGGAGCUUUACUAGCAUAUUUUAAAGCCGAUUAACGCACGAUAUAGAACAUAUGUACAUUUUAUAUAUA